GGCCCUAAUUUUUGGAAAUUUGCGAGAGUGGUGGGCAAUUUGUAGAAAUACCCAAACCCUCGAAACUCAAAAAUACAGAAGCAAAAACCUCUAACCCCGCCCAAAAAACCAGAACUUCCGGGGGAGAAAACUUUAAAGAGCAUCCACUCUCUCUCUCUCUCUCUCCGACAGAUUGUAACGAUGUUCUCAAUUGCGGCUAUCAACGAUACAGAUGCGAAAGGCCAGUGGGAACCUUUAGCCCCAACUAAAGAAGCCCAGGAAUUUCAUCUCUCGCAACUGUAUCAUGAAGGACUUCUUAAAUUACAAGCCAAGGAAUACGAAAAGUCUCGCGAGCUAUUAGAGUUGGUAUUGAAAGAUCCACUUAUCUCCAGUGCUCAGGUGGAUAGUAGUGCAAGUGACGGUCAUCUUUUACAGCUCAGAUUUUUGGCGUUGAAGAACCUUGCCACUGUUUUUCUUCAACAAGGUCCUGCCCUUCAUGAGAAUGCUUUAUGCUGCUAUCUUCAAGCUGUAGAGAUUGAUGCCAAAGACUCUGUUGUUUGGAAUCAACUCGGAACCUUAUCAUGCUCUAUGGGCUUAUUGAGUACUUCCCGAUGGGCAUUUGAGCAGGGGCUCUUUUGCAGCCCAAACAACUGGAAUUGCAUGGAAAAACUCUUGGAAGUAUUAAUUGCUAUUGGUGAUGAGGUUGCUUCUCUUUCUGUUGCCGAAUUAAUUUUGAAGCAUUGGCCUUCACAUUCUCGAGCUUUGCAUGUCAAAAAUACCAUUGAAGAGUCGGAACCAAUCCCAUUUGCUCCAAGAGGUAUAGACAAACUGGAACCCAAACAUGUUCGUCUUAAGUUCUUGGACAAGAGAAAAUUAAGAGACCAAAAUCUAGAGGAGGGUAUUGCAUCUAAAAAGUUGAACCAAAAUAUAGAAUUGCAACUUUCAGAAGCUUCCUGGACAUCCCUCGCUGAUGCACUGUUGAGAAUCUUACAUCCGCCGACUGAAUGCAUUUCAGAACAAGGGUCUGACAAAUUACACAAAUCUGGUGACAUUAGAUUAGAUAUAAAAUUGACACACUGUCCAGAAAAUUCUAUGGGGUGCAUGGACAGGAAUGGACCUAGUGUCAUCUCAAUUGGUGAAAGCAUGUCCGUCAAUGAUUGUACCCCUGAGAAAGCAAGUAUUUCUAGAGAAAAAGAAACAAAUUUCUAUGAAGAACAACCUCAAGAGAGACGGAGUAGUCGUCUUGAAAGGCUCAGGAGCCGUAAACCAGGUAAAGAAGAAUUGGAUUUUGCUAACAGAAAGGAUCUGGGUAAAGUUGUAUUUCAAUUAUUAGAACCUUUUAUUUUGGGUGGAGAAGGAGAUCAAGAUAGCAAUAAUGUUGCGAGUUGUUCAGUACCUUGUCCUGACGCACAAGAUACUGAAUCUGAUGACGUCACAAGAUUUGUCAGGGAAGCUUCGAAAAACUAUGGUGCUUAUCACAUGGGUCACUUGCUUUUAGAGGAGGUAGCAAGUAGAGCCAUUUCAUACCGGGACACCUUUACUAAGUUUUUGGAGUUGGAGAAAUUGACAAGGCAAUGGGCAAGGGAUAGAACACCCGAAUGUAGUCUUUUUCUUGCAGAGCUGUAUUAUGAAUUUGGGUCGCAUUCUUCCGACAACUCUAGGUCGUCUGACGACCUCAUGGCUGAGGCAUCUUAUCAUCUUUGUAAAAUCAUUGAAUCUGUAGCCUUAGAUUAUCCAUUCCACGUAAGUGGUGUCUUUGGGGAUGAAACUAUCUCUUUGACAGGUAUCUCUCAAUGCAAUCCAGAAACUUCAGUUGGAACCAGUUGUCUGUUGACCGAUAAAUGUUCCUUCUGGAUUCGCUUUUAUUGGUUAAGUGGGCGAUUGUCAAUUCUGGAAGGAAACAAGGCAAAGGCUCAACAAGAAUUCUCUAUAUCCUUGUCACUUUUGACAAAUAAAGAACAUAUGGACAACCCUCUUGGGUCUCUUCACCUGCCACACUCCAAGUAUAGUAAAGAGUUAACUGUGGAUAGAGUUCUCCAUGAAAUUAAUUUAUUAGAGGUUGAUUUCUUAUUGAAGAAGCCUAUCAGUGAGAUGAUUGAGAAAGAAAGGCAUCUUGAGUGUGUAGAUUUGCUUGCUCCCCUUCUCUUUUCUACGAAAGACAUUCACCUUGGUAUAUCAUGCGUUGCUGAUAACAAAGGGGAAGAUGUUGCUUCGGUUGAAUUAGAGGCAUUAGAUAUCCUAAUCAAAGCAUGUGAAAAGGCAAAACCAAUGGACUCCGAGGUGUUUUUGAAUUGUCACAGAAGAAAGCUGCAAAUACUCUUGGUUGCUGCUGGCAUGGAUGAGUGUCUUGCUUCACGUAAAUCAAUUCACAAGAUGUCGGAGUUAAAACCACUUUCUGCUUGUGAAACAGAAGCAAAUGAAAGCCCAAGCAAGCAUUGGAAUCAAUUGGUUGCAGAAGAAGUGAGGGCAAUCUCUCUCUGUGCCUCCCAAAUGAAGAACUUCAUCGAUUCAUCUGGAAAAUCUAAUGUGUUUGUUGCGAAUCUUAUGAUGCUGAGAACCGCUGGUGAUAUUCAGUCUUUGCUGCUUGCUCUCAUGUGCAACAUUGCAAACAUUUACUUUUCAAAGAAGUCUUCUGUGUCUGCAGUUUCAGAUCAAAUUGAACAGAGCCAAAGAUGCUGCUUUAUUGAUGCAGCCAUUGCUUUCUGGAAGCUUCAACAUCUGAACCCCAAUGUCCCUAUCAAAACUCAAAUUGAAUUGAUCGUGGCGAUGCAUGACUUGCUCGCUGAGUGUGGGCUUUGUUGCGCAAACGGAGAUGGUGAAGUGGAGGAGGGGACAUUUCUUAAACGUGCAAUAAAGCAUUUAUUGUCUUUGGAUAUGAAGCUUAAGUCAAACCUUAACAAUUCUUCCGACAAGGGACUGGGAACAAUGCAACGUGAAGACCAGCUUCCCCACAAUAAUCAUGACAAGUCAUCUGUAGAUAUAUCAUCAUCAGAUGCAGCAAAUGUUGCUACAGCUGCGGGGAAUUUUGCCAUGGAUCAGUCUGAUAUGGAUAAAGAAGAAAAAGCAAGCAGUCAAUUUAAUGAAUUGGGUGGUGAACUAAUUGAAGAUGAGAGGGAGGAACUUGAGUCAGGAAUUGAUAGUGCCUUGGACCAAUGUUUUUUUUGUUUGUACGGACUGAAUCUAAGAUCAGAUUCAUCAUAUGAAGACGAUGUAGUGCUACACAAAAAUAGUAGUCGUGGUGAUUAUCAGACAAAGGAACAGUGUGCCGAUGUUUUCCAGUAUAUACUGCCGUAUGCAAAGGCUUCAUCUCGAACUGGACUGAUAAAGCUCCGGAGGGUAUUAAGAGCCAUACGCAAGCACUUUCCACAACCACCAGAUGAUGUUUUGGCUGGAAAUGCCAUUGAUAAAUUCUUAGAUGAUUCACAUCUGUGUGAGGAUAAACUCUCAGAGCAAGCUGGGUCCGAUGGGUUUUUUGAUUCUAUUAUGAAGAUAAUAUUUCCCAAUGGGGAAAGCAUCAAACAAUCUAAGGCAUCAUCACUAGGGAGUUCUGACCCAUAUUUGGAGGUUUAUUGCAACUUGUAUUACCACCUUGCACAGUCUGAGGAAACAAGUGCAACUGAUAAAUGGGCUGGGUUUGUAAUAACCAAGGAAGGGGAAGAAUUCAUAGAGCACAAUGCAAACCUCUUCAAAUAUGAUUUGCUCUACAAUCCUUUACGCUUUGAGAGUUGGCAACGACUUGCCAACAUUUAUGAUGAGGAGGUGGAUUUACUGCUAAAUGAUGGUAGUAAGCAGAUAAAUGUUGCAGGAUGGAGAAAGAAUGCUACUUUGCCUCAAAGAGUAGAGACAAGUCGUAGGAGAAGUCGGCGCUGUCUAUUGAUGACUUCAGCUUUGGCAAAGACACCAGUUCAACAGGGUGAGAUACAUGAAUUAUUGGCAUUAGUGUACUAUGAUGGCCUUCAAAACGUGGUUCCGUUCUAUGAUCAAAGAUCUGUUGUACCCUCAAAGGAUGCAGCAUGGAUGAUGUUUUGUCAUAACUCCAUGAGACAUUUUAAGAAGGCUUUUGCCCACAAGGAAGAUUGGUCUCACGCAUUCUAUACGGGUAAACUCUGUGAAAAGCUUGGAUACUCAAACAAGGAAUCCUUUUCGUAUUAUGAUAAAGCUAUUGAGUUGAAUCCAUCAGCUGUAGAUGCUGUCUACAGGAUGCAUGCCUCACGCUUGAAAUUACUUUGUACAUGCGGUAAACAAAAUAGAGAGGCUCUGAAGGUUGUUGCAGAAUAUUCCUCUAGUCAACCAACAAAGGAGAAUGUCAUGAAUAUAUUUAACAAAAUGGGUCCUGAAAUCCCAGAUUUGCAUAUGGAUGUUGAGGAUAAAAGCAUUCAAGCUAAUCCAGAGGAUGCAAAGCUAGUAGAUUCACAUCUAUUGGAAGAGGUGUGGUCUAUGCUCUACAGAGAUUGCCUUUCUGCACUUGAAACUUGCGUGGAAGGAGAUCUCAAACAUUUUCAUAAGGCGAGAUAUAUGCUUGCCCAAGGGUUUUACAGAAGGGGUGAGAGUGGGGAUUUGGAGAGGGCAAAGGAUGAACUUUCCUUUUGCUUUAAGUCCUCUCGCUCUUCCUUUACAAUUAACAUGUGGGAGAUUGAUAGUUCAGUCAAAAAGGGAAGGCGCAAACCACCAAGUGCUUCUGGUAGCAAAAAGGUCCUUGAAGUGCACUUACCAGAAAGCUCACGCAAAUUUAUCACUUGCAUCCGGAAGUACAUUCUGUUCUAUUGGAAACUAUUGGAGGAGACCGGAGACAUCUGUACUCUUGAUCGUGCUUACAUCUCUCUUCGAGCAGAUAAGAGGUUCUCCUUGUGCCUUGAAGAUCUUGUUCCAGUAGCUCUCGGGAGGUAUGUUAAGGCCCUAAUUUCAUCCAUGCAUCAAGCUGGUAAUGUUGGCUCUGGAGCUGCAAGCUGCCCUGAGCAUCUUUUGGAGAAAAUUUUCUCCUUGUUCGUGGAGCAGAUGAACUUAUGGUCAGAUAUAUGCUACUUGACCGAUAUCAGCAGCUCAGAAUUAUCUGAGAGCAGCUUAUCUGGAUAUCUCCACCAAUAUAUUCAACUGUUGGAGAGUAAUGUCAGGGUGGAAGUACUUGAAGGAAUAAGCGAAAAGAUACGGAAGCGUUUGAAGAACUCAAAGUUAUCGACUGGUGACUGUGCCAAAGUAUAUAAGCACAUCUCUGUUGCCUGGUAUCGGUCACUUGUAAUUAGCCUGACCUUGAUCACGCCGUUAACUUCUGGCGUCACAAGUGAGAUUCAGGUUCCUAAUCAAUCAGAUAUGUGUUCAGAGAGUAGCCAACUGCUGUGUGUUGAUAUACUUACAAAAGAAUUGUGGAAUUCUUCGCUUGAGGACCCAAACCAUUUGAAAGACCUUGAAAUAAAAUGGGACCCGUUGUUGUCUAAGGUCAAGAAUGUCCUAAUCAAGAAAGCUUCAGUGCAAGAUUUGGACACUGCUGCUACAAUCCUUAGAUGUUCUUUCAACUUCUGUAGGGACACAUCCUGUGGGAUGCUUCCGCCAGGUUUCAACCUGUACACGGUGCCAUCUCAAUUAGAAGCAGCAGGACACUUCUAUCCAGGCAUUGAUGGAGUCCACCUUCUUGACCUAAGCAUUCCGCGUAAGCUUCUUUUGUGGGCCUAUGCACUUUUGCAUGGCCGUUAUGCAAACAUCUCAGCUGUUACAAAGUAUUGUGAAGAACAUGCCAAGUCGAAGCUCAAAAAGGGAUCUGGAAGCUCAUCAGGGCCCUCCAAUACAAGUACGCCUGCUGCCGUCACUUCUCAUAGAGUUGACGAGAAAGAUGGAACGAGUAAAUGCAGUGAAGCUGAUGCUGCUCCACCAUCAAGCACUGCUGCUCCACUAUCAAGCACCAUGGCAUCUGCUGCUCCAUCAUCAACCACCGUGGCAUCUGCUGCUCCACCAUCAAGCACUGCGACUCCACUAUCAACCACUGUGGCAUCUGCUGCUCCACCAUCAACCACUGUGGCAUCUGCUGCUUUGCCCCAAAAUGGGAGUGACCAAAUUAUGGUAUCUGCUUCGAUGCCUGAAAAUGAGAGAGCUCCAAGUGCGUUGUCCCCUUUCCCUGAAGCUGAGAGCACAAGUGGUCCAAACUUACCUUCAAGUGGUGAGAACUAUGAGAUUUUAUCGGCUACUUCGCAUCUGCUUCGCUUGAAUAACACUGCUGAAGACAGUAGCAAUGCGGAUGUGCUGGAUGGAGCAGAUCCUGCGUCAUGAACAUGUAUAUAUGUACGUGUCUCGCCAUAUAUGUGCCUUGACCCGGUUUCAUUGGAGGUAUGGCUUUGCAAUCGAAGAGCGUGUAUAUACGAGUGAUGUGUCAGGUUUUUUUUUCCUUGCAUAAUGUAUGGGAACAUAGGAGACUGUGCUGCUUGUCGUUGUGAAGAGCUGACAUGAAUGUUCAUAUCUGAUGACCGCUACAUACAAGAGGUAGCAUGAGUCUUUGUAUCGGGUUACUAAACGAGGUUCGUGUUAUGUCAAUUGGAGAAUCCGAGUUUCAUAAUUUUAUGCUUUUUGAUGGUAUAAACGCAUUCCCCUCAAACCAUCUUUCUGUUGUUUGUUGUCAAGUAUAAGAGAACCUUUAGGCAGGUUGUUUGACAGAAAAUAUAGUGGUUUUGUGACGUUUGUUUCAUUCAUUAUCCCCUUGCUGGAAAGAGUCUUUAAUC